UUUGUAAAGCUGUUUGCUUUUACGUGUUGGUCUGCGUCGUGAGAGUAUCUUAAAACGUGAAAAAUCAUUUCUAUUCAAAUUUGUGUUGCGUUGUACAUCGUCAGACCAUUUGUUGAAAAGUUUUAAAUAUUUAUUUGUGUAAAUACGUGUAUAUUAUCAAAGAACAAUUAUAAUUUAUCAACAUGGAAAGUCCAGUAUUAACAAGCUCUAUAAAAUGUGGAAGUCCUAAAAAUCCUUGGGGUUGCCCAAACAGAGAAACUGCUCCAUCAUUGAUGACAGUUAUGGAUGAAGAAUUAGCCAGAGAAAUGGACAAAACUGAGAUACAAAUGUGGGAUGAUAAAACAGUUGAAAAGCCAGUUGAAAUUUGUGUAAAUGACAUGCAUGACUCAGACACUGCUAAUGAUCUGAUGCUUGCACAAAUGUUGCAAUUACAAUUUGAUGAAGAGUAUGAAAAAUGUUUGCAAGCAGAAGAAAAUAGGAUGAAUGGAACAAGCAAGGUGUCAAUAAGUUUUGACAACUAUCGUAAAAUUCAUCCUGGCAUCUUGGAAAGUGACUCAUCAUCAUCAUCAAAUGAGGACAUGGAAUAUGAUGAUGAAGAUAAAAAUGAGAAGAAAAAACAAUUUUCUGGUAGAGGUGGUAAAUCAUCUUCUGGUGGAGGUAGACGAAAGAGGUAUCAAAGUAGUGGUUCUGGUAAAAAUAUUACAACAAAACAUGAUGCUGAAGUGUGUGGUCGAAAAAAUGCAAAGAAUAUAGAAAAGUUUCCACCAAGUUUUGCUGCUGGGGAUGUUGGUUCUAAGGAACUUGAUCUAAAGAUAUCAAAUAAUGUGUACAACAGUCUAAAGCAGCAUUCAAUAAAAGAAGAAAAACUAAGUUAUCGUUUACAUGAAAAGAAGGAACAUUCAACUCAUGAGCAAGCUUUAGAUCCAAAAACUAGGUUGCUCCUGUAUAAGUUGGUCAAUGCUGAGAUUUUGGAUGAAAUUAAUGGUUGCAUUAGUACAGGAAAGGAAGCUUGUGUCUUUCAUGCUUUUGGCGGAAAAAUGGAGAAUACCACAGUUCCUCAUGAGUGUGCGAUCAAGGUCUUCAAGACUACUUUAAAUGAGUUUAAGACAAGAGAUCGCUACAUUAAAGAUGAUCAUAGAUUCAAAGAUCGUUUAGGCAAACAAAAUCCAAGGAAAACCAUUAAGCUCUGGGCUGAGAAAGAAAUGUGUAACCUCUCCAGAAUGUGUCAUGCUGGUAUACGCUGUCCUCAGGUAGUGCUACUCAAAAAACAAGUUUUGGUGAUGAGUUUUAUUGGAAGUAAUCAAUUGCCUGCACCAAAACUCAAAGAUGUUGUAUUGACCAGCAGCCAGGCUACACAAGCAUAUGAGCAAUGUAAAGAGAUGAUGUGUACAAUGUACGAGAAAUGCAAUCUCAUCCAUGCAGAUCUCAGUGAAUAUAAUAUGUUAUGGCAUGAGAAUAAUUUAUACUUCAUUGAUGUGAGUCAAUCAGUGGAACCUAGGCAUCCACACGCUUUAGAGUUCUUAUAUCGGGAUUGCAGAAAUGUUACGUCAUUUUUUGAGAAAUUUGGUGUUGAAGUAUUGUCGGCGGAAAACCUUUUUAAUGACGUUUCCAAACUCAACAUACCUGUUGAUUGUAAAGGAAUUUUUAUCUAAGGUUGUGAAAUGUGAACGGUUUUUAUCAGAAACGAGGAAAAUGAAAAAGCAACCCGAGGAUUAUGCCUUUGAUUACAUUUUUAUGGAAAACCAAACACCUCAAAAAGAUAACUAAAUAAUAAUGUACUUGUAAAAUUAAAUUUCUCGCCAAUGUAAUUAGCUGUGUUGAAAUAAGUGGCAUGAUUUUUAUGCUUACUAUGUAUGCAGACUUCCCAAUGAAACAUCUCGAACAUUUUAAA